UCCCUCGCCGCGGCCCCGCCCCUCUUGGAAGGCGGAAGCGUGACGUGUGUCUGAGCGGUUGGUGCGGCGUGUGUUUUGCUCUGAGCCGCUCCGCUUUACUUCGCUUCGGUUCUCCCGGGAUGAGCUGGUCGCUGUAGCGGGUCGGUGAUGCUGCAGCGGGUUCGGGCGCAGCUUCGGCAGGUGGCGGAUCAGAUGGCGAGAAGACCCGAACUGUGCUGCGGUGCGAUACUGCUCACCUGCGCGCUCCUGCUGCCCAUAACACUCACCUGCAGUCGGGCGAAGAACGUGGUGGCGUUGGCUCGUCCUCCGGUGCGGUUCUUCCCUGCGGAGGUUCCGGUGGUGGAUCUGUUCCUGGGUCAGAUAGAGGAAGCGGAUCGCCUGCGGGAGGAAGCUGACGUCUCGCUGGUGUUCUAUUACGCCCCCUGGUGCGCACACUCCAUCACUGCGCGACAGCACGUCCAGCAGGUGGCGCUGCGGCUGGCGGGACAGGUGCAGUUUGUGGCCGUGAACUGUUGGUGGCAUCAGGGCAAGUGCAGAAAGCAGAAGAGCUUCUUCCAGUAUCCUGUCAUUCACCUGUACUACUGGAGGUUCGGUCCAAUCGAGUACAGAGGUCCGGUUCAGUCGGAGUAUCUGGAGAGUUUCAUUCAGAGGGUUUCUGCUCCGCUAACAUACCUGCCCACCCGGAGAGCCCUGCACACCUUCAUCACACACCAGCAGCAGGGUGUAGUGGGAUAUUUCCAGUUUAACUCGUCUCCUCAGCCUGCCGCUUACAUCACCUUCCUGUUGUCCGCUCUGCACGCGCUCAGACGAGAUCAUCAGGGGGCGGUGCGGUUCGCUGUGGUGACCAAUCAGGCGGUGGCAGAGGGCGUUUCUCUCAGGGAGGAUGAAAGUGUGUAUUUACACCGGCGUUUGAACAGCUCUCUGGUGUUCCCGCGAGCGCAGAGGAACUUCACCGUACAGGCCGUCUGUGAUUGGGUGUUUGAGAACAGAGAGAGCGUCAUUCACUGGAUUCAGCCAACGGGAGCGAAGAGUUACUCGCUGGAGGCGGAGCUACAGAGAGGCCCCGCCCUCCUGACCUUCCUCCCACACAAUCCCCUCACAGCCAAUCAGCUGCUCAAACAGGUGACUGAUGUGGCGUGGCGUUAUCACUCCUGCUGCGGCUCUGAGGAUGGAGCGUCUGGCGUCCCGCGCUGCUGUCGGUCACUGCUGGUGUCGGGACGGGCGUCUGCCGUCUGUGAUGUGUGCGUCUCUCACUGCUGGGCUCUGGGUCUGUAUGUGGGGCUCGUCGAGCUCUCCGGCUCCUCCUGCGGGAGCGUCCAGAGCUCCUACAGUCCGUCCGGCCAGUUCAGCGUGUGCUGCAGGAGCGUCCCGAAGCCUCUGCGCUGCCCUCUGCUGUCAGACUCCAUCGCUGGCCUGCAGUGCCGCACCAACAAGACGCUGCACUUCUACCUGCUGGACGCUCAGCUCCACUGGCCGCUGGCGCAGAGACUCGGGGCGUCCGGCAACCACAGCGGCCCGCCCUUCAUCACCAUCAUCAACCUCCGGGACGAGACGCACUACGUGCUCAAACACACCGACUCACUGGAAGAUUUCAUCCAGAACUUCAGCGUCUCCUACAGUCCGUUACACAGACAUCUGGUGGGACACAAACAACAUCAGCACACUCAAUCCCUCAUACAGGAAGUGACCUCAGACAGCUUCCUGGACACCGUCAUGGACUCUCAGAGGGACGUGCUGCUGCUGUAUUAUUCAGCCUGGUGUGGCUUCUGCUCACUCCUCAAUCACGUGUUUCUUCAACUGGCCCGUCUGUUCCAGGGAAACAGCGCCCUCAGGGUGGCCAGAGUGAAUGUCGGCCGUAAUGAUCUGCCCUGGGAGUUUAUGGUGGAUCAUCUGCCCUCCGUGCUGUUCUUCCCCCGACACAGGAAGCAGAUGAGUGUCAAGUUUCCAGAAAACAUGCCCAUGACGGUUCCCAACCUGCUGCGGUUCGUUCUGCAGCACUCUAGCCACGCCCCCUGGGAGGAGUCAGACGAUGGGGUGGAGUCAGUGUCCCUGCUGGGGGCGGAGCUUCACAGCCUGCAGCGUGAAGUGUUUUCUCUGCAUCGGGCUCGAGAGCGUCUCUCUCAGCAGCUGGCCGUCCUGUGGAGGGAGAACCGCCGCCUCACGCUGCACACGCACACGCUGGAGUCCCAGAAUGCCGAGCUGCAGGCGCAGAGCGGGCGGCUGGAGACGCUGUACAGGGAGAAACGGCGUCAGCUGGCCGACAGCGUUCACAGGCUGCAGGAGCUCGCCGACGCCUCUGAAGAACUGCUGAAGGAGAACGCUCUCCUCAAAGUGCUGCUGAGCGCUCUGAGAGACAGAGACACACAGGAAGGGAAGUGUGAGGCUUCCUGAUGAUGGACCCGAUCACGCAGAACCUCUCCAGAACACGUCCAGCUCUUAGUUCAUGUUCUGGUGAUUAAUAAUGAUUCAUUACAGACAUGAGCGAUCAAUGAAGAUGUUCCUCUGAUUCUCAGCAGCACAGCUGGACUUUAUGAGGGUUUGAAACGGUUUCAGUGAAACGCUGUAACUUAAAUGAAGUAUUUCUGUUGGUUUGGUUGAAAUGAUCUAUUUUUUGAUAAUCACUAAAGUAUGGAUUCUGGUUCAGUAUUCAGGGAAAUCUUGAUUUUUCUCAGAAUUUAAGGGUUAAAUUAAAGUUUAUGGUGGUAAA